AUGUCCGCCAACGAACGGCUUCUAGCUGCGUUCACAGCUCAAAUUGGACUGAAAGACAACAAAAAGUUGCUGAAAGUAGAAUCUGAUGUGAAGAAGACGAUCGAAGAACUUCUCGAAGGUUUGAGAGAAGAAGAAGAUCUCAAAGCCCUUCUCCGCGUAUUGGCAUUGGAGCAGAGAAAGUUGAUUGUUUCCUUGAAUACUUGUUGUUUUAGAGAUCAGUAUUGCCAAAGAUGGAUUGAGCCAUGUGAAGAGAGAAAAUCAAGAGGAAUACGUCAAGAAUAUCAAGAAUACUGCUGUGUUGAAGGAUGAAGAGAGGAAAAAGGUAAGAGAUCGACGACAAUUUAACAAUUUUCUAUGUUUUAGGUCUCUACCCAAAAAGCUGUGGAAGACGUCAAAGAAGCGAAGGAGGGAACAUCUGCAGGUCCUCCGCAAAAACAAAAGGACGAGCCUAAAGUGCAGGUAAAUCACCAGGUUUUAAUAUUAUGACUCUCAAUUUAGGCAUCAACUACCGACAAGAAGAAGGCUCCUGAAAAAAUCACAGUGCCAAAUGGAGAACCUGCCAAAGCGCAAUCCUCAAAAAUCACGGUAAGAAGUUAUAAAUUUAUAUUUCUGUGUUUAGGUAUCGAAUAAAGGGACGAAGAACCUUGGUCAAGAAAAUUCUAGCAAGACAACAAAGGGUGUGAAGAGUAGCAAGUACAAUGUCGCGUAUCGACAACCAAUUUUCCCUGUUUGUAUGCCAAAAGCCAAGAAAUUCCUGCCCGAGAGUGCCAAAGAUACCGAAUGGUUUUUAGUGACUGUUGGCAACCAAGCCGUACCUGUGCCUAAAAACAAAACGUUUGAGGUCAUAUCUGUAAGUCUUUUGGUGUUUUUAUCAAAAGCUCAUUUCACAGUUUUUAUCGCGUAUACCGUUUAUUUUACUUUAUUCAGUUCAACCAUGGUGGCAGCAGAGGGCUUUUCGAAUACCUUUACGCUGUGUUCGGCAAGCGGGAAACCACAACCAACCUUGUGGUUGCCUCCGAUCCGGGCUGGUUUUUUAACGGAAAGGAGGACGGCGAUGGAUACGAAGAGACGGCCAAGGCGUUCAUUGAUUUCUCGGAUAGUUUCCAUCACCCGCCGCGUUUGAAUGUUUAUUUUCUUGGGUUUCCCGUAAAUCCAACCGAUGUUGAAUUCGAUGGUCGAUUGGGAAGAUUCAACGCAUUGACGGCUCGAUUGUUUGAGGAGACCGGUCAGUACGUUAGCUUGGCGAAAUUCAUUCCAAAAAACGUCAAAAAAAGGGGAUUUAGCGAGGCCAAACAAGGACGCUCCGACUUUGUUGAACAGUGAGUUGAAUGCGCACCUUCUUCAAGAAGCCAUGGAAUAUCUAAUCACAAAGAAAAACAACAUUCCUAAAAAAGAUGGAAAACAAAAAUUAGAGGUCUCUGAAAUUGCAAAAACAUCAAAAAGUCCUGAAGUUGAAACCAUCAGACCAAACUGUGACGCUGAUAAGCCAACAUCAUCGACUGCUGGUCAGCCGGUGAAGGAAGAAACUGUGAAAAAGAAGACCAAAAAAGGCAAGAAACAAAGAGCCGCGGAAAAACGAAACAAUGCCGACAAAUCGGUUCCAGUUCAACAAAAUCCUCAAAGCAGCAACAACACCGAAGAUGCUGAUGAAUUUUAUGAAGCAACGUUGACGUCAGAAACGAUCCAAAAAUUGCAACUCGUCUUACAUACAGAUGCGAUAUUGGGGGCCGAUCUUUUAGACGUUGUGGAAACAAUGGACACUUUCGAAGGGGCCGCACGAUUCAAGUUCGAAUUCAUCAAGAAGAACAAGAACGAAGUGUUCCAGUCCAGGAAGGCGUUUUACCACAUGUUCGUGAUGACCAAAGAAAUCUUCAGCGAUAUCAAUAAAACGCUGAGCGACGAUUACUUACUUGGAUUCGAGGUCUUGACAGCAGUUCAAGCUCAAUUAUGUCAUAUCGACCUGGACACUUUGGGAAAAUGGUUCAAAGACGGUAUACGCGAUACGCCACAUCUUAAGAUAUUAUUGUCACAGGAGAACCGAAUCGCUGGAAUGUUCUAUCUGAUUACAAUGCACGCAAUUUUCGCAUUGAAAACUACACGCCUUCCAUAUGGUGGCAACCGAAUCGUUGUACGGAACGCGCAUGAGUCAGAAAUUGUGUGGAAGCUGAAGAAAAGGAUAGCCAAAUUGAUGGACCUAGUCCAACCGGUCGACUGUCAAGUCUUUGCCAAGAAUUUCCGGCAUCUGAGGAGGACGGAAACGGCUAUUAUCGAGGUCACGAUCCGUGUUUUGCAACAUUUCGACCCUUCAUUUGAUGCUGAUGUCACGGACAACUGCCGAUUGGGCGCAUCCAUUAAGUCGACCGCAAUUCACGUUCUUUCCAGCCGUUCUGUCGGAGAGAUCGUCAAUGCCUAUCGGACGGACGCACUUGGACCAUCUAUAUGCAAAGAAAGUGAAGACAGGUUAGGUGGGGAUGACGCGGAUGUGGAUUUGGACUUUAUUCUUUGUGACAAUUUCCUGAAUACUAUAGAAAAGAUAGCAUUGAGCGAGUUUGAGACUGAAGAUCAAAACAAGGAUACUGGUCGGUCAACGUCGUCACGAGGAGAAUCCGCGGGUUCUAGACGGUCAACUGGAGCGGAUUCACUGACACCUUCUUCGCCAUCACAAGCCGCAGGACCCUCCGGCAUACGAAGAGGAUUUUUGUUGAGUGGAGUGGUCGACAAGCCCCAGGAAGUGAAUAAAGGGGGAUGCUCACUUAUGUAA